AUGGCCACGGCGAGUUACGAAUACGAUACAAAGGCUGACAAAACAACAACAACCGAAUCGGACGAAAAAAAACACGCAUGUGAACAAUGCAACAUAUACAAGGAAGACAUAACUAAACUCUUAGCUGUGGUAACUGAGAUCCAAAACAAACAAGACGUGGAAUGCCAAAUUACAGCUGAAACCGAUGCGAAGAUAAAAGUCCUUCUCGAUCAAAAUAACAAGACGGCGGCGGAAUUAGCAUCGCUUAAGACCACCGUUGAAGAAAUUACAGAUGAAAACAAA